AUGAGCUCUUUCCUUUCCCCAUUUGCCAAGUUUGACCCCAAGUCGCCGAACAGCGCGGUAGCGCAGCAAUUCGCUACGACAGUUCAGGGUUUCCAGCUGAACAGCGGUCUGGCAGAUGCGAACGCUUUUCAGGUGGUGGAGCAGUUCAAGGGCAUAGCUGCGUCUUUUGCUCUAAGUUACGGAGAUUAUGAGCUAAACUUCACUGCCAAGCAACCAGCACCCGAGUACGUCUCGGAAAACUUGCAGAACUUUGACUUGGAGACCAAGUUGUGGCACCUUUUCAUCAUCUUAUAUGGCUUCAGAAUCCAAGACGGAGAGGGACAGUUGUUGCCGGAGAACGAGCACUCUUCGGAUGCUGUAAGAGAACACAAUUACUUGAUAAAGCACACGAAGAUCAAGGAAAUCUCCUUAAUAAUCCACUGGCUUCAAGAAAACAGCAAGACCACGGAGGUUCCCUCUGACUUCUCUAGCAAGUGGAAGAAAACCCAGUCCAUGUUACAAAACAAGGAGUACUACAACUUGUCCAGCGCCGCUCCAUUGCAAUCCAAUGAUUCUGUGAGGUAUCUAGAUUCUGAUGCCCCCAUCAGGGAAUCGCUAUUAUUGGAGCAGGACGACAUCAGCGAAGACACCGCCAACUUCAGAACUAUCUAUAAAUUGGUGUUGGACAACAGGAUCGAGGAGGCGAUCGAAUUCUCCAAUAACACCGGCAACUUCACCCUCUCACUUAUCUUGUUGGGAGCGGUACAUGACUAUUUGGAUCCAAUAGUGGACGAGAACAACUUGAAUCUAGAAGUGGAAGAUAUAACUACAUCCGAACCUUCUGGCCAACGCCACAAGCUGCUCUGGAGAAAAACAGUAUACAAGCUUUCUCAGCAAACAGGAAUCAACUCGUACGAGAAAUUGAUAUACAGCUAUCUCUGUGGAGGUGAAGUCAGUAUGAACUUGAAAGAAGCGAGCAACAGCUGGGAAGACCAAUUAUUAAUCUACUUGAACCAAUUGUUCAAGCACAGCAUUUCUGAGGUGUACGCUAACGAAAAUGAAGACAGUUCCUCCAUCCCCUUACCCCAAUCUGAUUCUAUAGACUCCAUUUUGAAUAUUCUUCUGGAGACUACAGAUGCUGAUCAUCCUUUAAGAAUUAUGAGCGGAGGUAUCAUGAUCAAUCAACUCCACAAGGUCCUUCACAGCACCAUCAAAAACUUGUUGGCUGAUGAUGAAGGAGUGGAUGACUACAUUAUCAGGGUUGUCACUCACUUGUCUAUAUUCUUGUACAACAUAGACCAAUCUGUGGAUUCCAUUUCUUCCAAAGACUUGACAAAGAUAAUCAGUCUUUACACUAGAUAUCUUUCUAAAAAUAAGUUGGAAGAGUUCAUUCCAAUCUAUCUUCAAUUUAUACCGAAUGAAAAGGAUGCAAGAGAGUGUUAUUCAUUGUUUCUCUCUUCACUCACAGAUGAUGAGAAAAGACGCAAGCAAUUGGAUAUGGCCAAGAGGUUCGUUACUGACGAUAUACCAAGCAACAGCGAUUCAGAUGAAAUGGAUAUCGAUGAAGGAAAGAUGGUGAAUGUGUUGAGAAGAACUGUAGAGAGAGUAAUGAUUGAAACAGCGCCACAUUACACCUCUUCUGGUGGGUCCAUUGUGGUGGAGAUAGACGAAGUUGAUGACAUAGACUACAAGCUUUACAGGUCGGUAGAGUGGUUCUAUGAAAACAGAAUGUAUGAAGAUGCCAUCACAGCUACUAUUGUGGUGUUCCGCCGAUUCCUCUUGAGUGGGAAGUUGGCAAGCUUAAAGAAAUUCUCGGAGGGGAAGAGCUUCAAGCAAUUGAUAAAGAAUUAUGAUGUAGAAAUCAACACCAAGCUACUCUCCAGUCUGGUGGCUAAACCUAAGGUUAACGAGGAAAUGAAGGAGGAGUUGUCCCAAUACGAUCUCUUUAUCCAAGGCUUGACUCUUCUUGACGAGCAGAAGAGAUUCUGGGAGCUAAACAAGUUUAAUGGUGUUAACAGCGACGAUAAGAGUACGUUCUGGAAAUCUAACCACCUUCAAAUGUCAGUUGAAAAAAUCACAAGCAACUUGAACAAACUCAUCUUCAAUUGGUUCAAAGUACUAAUCAAGUCAGAGAACGUAAGUGGAGUAGACGUGAAGUUAUUUAAGGAAUAUAGAAGCAUCUACGCUCCUUUCUUGACGAUAGAAUUAUUACAAAUAUAUCAAUUUGCCAGACUAAAUGACUGGAAGUACAUGAGAUCUGCCUUCGAGUUGAUAAACUUGGUGGCGAACGAUGAGGAGAACGACUUGUUAAGCUGCUUCGUCUCCAGUGGCAGGCUUAAUGAGUUUGUAAAGAGAAGUGGAGAGUUGGCAGCUAUAGCCAGUGAGAGAGGUAUCAAAGGUAUUUUCUAUUGA